AUGGGUGACUGGAAUCUGUUAGGAAGCGUUUUGGAAGAGGUACACGUUCACUCGACCAUUCUGGGGAAGAUCUGGCUGACGAUCCUGUUCAUUUUCAGGAUGUUGGUCCUUGGAGUGGCUGCUGAAGAUGUUUGGGAUGAUGAACAAGCUGAAUUCAUCUGCAACACAGAGCAACCAGGCUGCAGGAACGUUUGCUACGACAAGGCCUUCCCCAUUUCUCUCAUUAGGUACUGGGUCUUACAGAUCAUCUUCGUGUCCUCGCCGUCCUUGGUUUAUAUGGGGCACGCACUCUAUCGCCUGAGAGCACUGGAGAAAGAAAGACAGCGGAAGAAAGCCCACCUUCGAGCCGAACUGGAAGAGAUGGAGCCGGAGCUGGAAGAGCACAGAAGACUGGAAAAAGAACUGAGGAAGUUGGAAGAGCAGCGCAAAGUAAAUAAGGCACCUCUCCAAGGUUCACUUUUACGCACUUACGUCCUCCAGAUCCUGACCAGAUUGGUGAUGGAGAUUGGUUUUAUGGUGGGCCAGUAUCUCCUGUACGGAUUUGGACUUGAUCCCCUUUACAAGUGUGUCCGAUCACCCUGUCCUAAUACUGUGGAUUGCUUCGUUUCCAGGCCCACAGAAAAGACUAUUUUCAUUGUCUUCAUGCUCAGCAUAGCUGCCUUUUCCUUGCUUUUGAAUAUACUUGAAAUCGUUCACCUAGGAAUCAGAAAAAUCAAACAGGCGCUUUACCUAGAGUCAGACGUAAGCAUGUACGAAUCGAAGAAGAGCUCAGUUGUGCAGCAAGUUUGUAUUUUAGCCAACUCCUCGCCUGAUAAACCUGCCCCGAGGACCCUCAGUGCUUAUAAGCUGUUACCAGAACAGGAGGGACAUCUUGGAAACGUCCCUAUUUUCUUGACUCCGAUGUCUCUUAGCAUGAUUAAAGGUGAGGCCUGUAUUAUUUAG